AUGAGAUCAUCCUCCAGCUUCUCGCCGUUCUCACGCCUCCCAGCAGAGCUGCAGAUUCAGAUCUGGAAGGAAGCGUCUCGGGAGCCGUCGAUCCACACUUUUGACGUCUGCUUUCCAUCGAGAGGGGCAAAAGGCCGAGCACGGAGUGCCUUUACGUCUUUCGGCGGAAUGGUUGACGAAGAGCGUUAUGCAAUUUACGAAACGACGGUGUUUUUUGAUGCAACGACACUUGAACCAGACCUCUCUGUAUACAAGUGGAAAGAAAAGCUGCGGACUACAUGUUGGGAAGCAAACAAAGCGGUGCAGCUGCAGAGUUCUGAGCCAGACCGACAGUUGAUGCAUGAUGUCGAACAUUCGGAUGUGAAUUCCGUCUACUUACCAGGGCCUGAUCGCUGGGUCACAUACGACAAUCGGCUCGACGUGAUACAUCUCCGUCUGAGAGCUGACCCAAUGAGUGGUAUGGAGUCUCCUGGCGACAUUGAAUCUGGCAAUAUUAACUCUGCUGGUGAAGGAAGUGAGCCGAUACCAUCGAGAUCUCCUGAAUCGAUGUGUGGAGUCAGCCGCCUUCUGGACUGUCUUUGGAGCAAGGAGAUGGCUACCACUGUCAGGCUAGCCAGACACAUUGCCUUUGACGUGUCGGAUGUGUGGGAUGACAGCACAGCGGGACCUCUCUUCUUGGAGGAGGCGCCUUUCCUGGCCUUCACCUGGGUGGACAACCAUUGGCACAUAUCAAGAGACUUCAACAAAAAUGCUGUGAACUUGAACGAGACCUUCACGGAUCGAGCGACACGGAGUUGGCACGAGUUCCGGAUUCAAUCCGCGGAGUAG